AUGGAGUCAUGGGCAGAACACCUCACAGCAGAUCUUUCAUCAGACUUGUGCGUGGAUGUAAUCGAUGAACGAUCUACCAGCCGGGAGCUGCACAUCUGUGUGCGCCCAGCGGAGUCGACAAGGUCCUGCUUGCCAGAUGUAGACCAAGUACCAGGCCCAGAAGAAGGCAUUGCGUGGGAUUGGUUCCAGCGGGCAGCUUUCGCUUGCACUGAGAAGUCGGAGAGCGUUCUCGUUGCUGCCCCGACCUCGGCAGGGAAGACCGCAGUAGCCAGGAAUGUCAUCAAGAAAUGCAUUGCUACUGGAAGUCGAUGCGUGUACACGGCGCCGGUCAAAGCUCUGUCAAACGAGAAGUUCAGAGACUUCGUUGCUGAGUUCGGAGCCGAGAAGGUCGCUCUGCUGACAGGCGAUGCUCAAGCCGGAAACAUGGAGCUCGCUCAGGUGGUCGUCAUGACAACGGAAGUGCUGGUCAGCAUUCUGCACAAUGACCAUGACUCGGACCUCGUGGAUCUGGAUCCGGAUGCCAAUGCACAGCAGAAUCGGGGCAUUGGCGAGCCGCGCCGUGUGCUUAUGCGCCAUUUGUCCUAUGCGAUAUUUGAUGAAGCACACUAUAUCGCAGACGAAGAGCGCGGAACCACGUGGGAGGAAGCCAUCAUCCUCCUCGAACGUCAUAUUCCUUUGCUAUGCCUUUCUGCCACAAUUCCGAACUUUGUUGACCUGGUCGGCUGGAUUGCACAGACUCGACAUUCUCCUUGUCAUGCAAUCUUCACGCGCUGGAGGCCCGUGCCGUUGGUUCAUGGCAUCGUCGCCUGUCCACCUGCCGAAGCCACACAGACGAUUUCGGACAAGAAAGGUAAAUUCAAAAAAAGAUGCUACCAGGAAGCUGUGAUGCACCUGCCAAAGCCGCCGGACAAGCCUGCACGAGACCUUGAUCGCGGGCAGGAUCUUGUGUCGAUCUUGCAUGACACUUGUCUGUCCAGCAAGCAGAUGCCGCUCAUCAUUUUCUCCUUCUCCAGACGAGAGGCUGCUGAGAUGGCACGGAAGUUGGCGCCGUCAGUGCGGCUUCGGCAAACUCUGACAAGGACUGUGCGGGCACAAGUGCGGGAAGUCGUGGAGAAGCAGUUGGCAGAGCAAGAUCGCAGCUUGCGCUCGGUUCGAGAGUGCGAAUUCCUGCUGAGCAGGGGUGUCGGCCUACAUCACGGUGGACUGCUACCGGUCUUGCGCGAACUUACGGAGAAGCUCUUCAAGGAGGGCUUUGUCCGAGUCCUUUGCACGACCGAGACCUUCGCGGUGGGGGUGAACAUGCCGAGCCGAGCUGUGAUCUUCAAUUGGCCCCGAGGCAGCGAGUUCAAGAAGUUCGAUGGAAGCGAACAGCGGCCCAUUCGGUGCGGCGAGUACAUGCAGAUGGCCGGAAGGGCAGGUCGACGCGGCCAAGACACCCAGGGGAAUGCUUGGAGCAUGAUGACGCAGCAGGUAGAACCCAGCUUCGUGCAGCGGCUUGUUGCUGGCAGGGCCGAGCCAGUUGAGAGCAGAUUCACCUUGAGCUUCUGCUUGAUCCUUCGUUGCCUCCGUUCUGGGGGCGGCGUUCUUACACUGUUGCUGAUGCAGAGCUUUAAGCAAUUCGAGACGGGGAAGUCUGAUGAGCUGGUUUUCCAAGAAGAACUCAACAAGAAACUUGCAGUUCUGAGCCGACAGGGUCUUCUUCACGACGGCCUGCGACUGACGCCGUUGGGCAGUGCUUGUGCCAACAUCCAAGUGCCCACACCGCCGCUCAUAAGCUUCAGGAUUUGGCAGAUGCCUCUGGACCUCCGCACCGGGGAGAUGGCCGACCACCUUGUUGCGUUUCUGAGCUGUUUCGUGAACGAUCUUGAGGAAGAGGAGGAGGUUGUGACCGACAGAGACUUCGAUCCUUACUGGACGUGGUGUGAAACAAUGUCCGAGGAGAUUUCACGUGACCUGAACCUAUGCAAGAUUCCACAUCCCGCUCCAAAGCUUGAAGUGCAGCAGCUUCGAAAGCGAGCUGGCUUUGUUGAUCCCGUCUUACGCUGGAUGAAGAAGGAGAACUUCGAGAAGUGCAGUGAUGCAGCUGGGGGGUCUGAGUUUGAUGGGAUUCUGGCGCGGGUCUUGCGAAGAACAUACUUGUUCUUGAAACAGCUGGAAGUGGCUUCAGACCUGCUGCAGACAGAGGAAGAUGAUGAGUUCGCUCAAUUUGCGCAAGCAGUGAGAGAUGCACGGCUUCGGCUGCACCGCGGAGGCUCUUCGCAUCGUUCGCUGCCCUUUCUCGAGUCGAUUUUUCUGCCUAUUGCCUUUGAGCCAGACACACUUGACAGAGACACCUUGAAGAAGUCAAAUGCUCCGUGUCCUUACGAGGCAGGUACCGAAAUUGAGCUGUCGCCGAAUGAGAUCGGCUUUUCUCACUUCUCGAUUUCUUCACAUUUCAAGGAUGGGAAGAGUAUCGCUGCUACUUUGAAUGAGCUCCUGCAAGGGAAACCCAAAACGGACAUCCCAAUCGUGGAGGUGUAUUGGACAGAGGGGCAGUUCUGGACCAUGGCCAACCGACGUUUGGCUGUUUUCCGUCUCUUUCAGCAAAGGCGACCCGCAGAGGGUGCCACCAUCAGAGUUCGGGUCGCAGACGAGCGAGCUGCACAGGCCUGGGGUUUCUGGAAGCGAUGGACAACGGGCCUCUGGAGGGGCCGCAGGGCCCAGAUUCGGUCGACGUCGGAAAUGAUCGGCCGGUGCAGGGAGGAGACUUUCUUCUAUUCCCUGGAAGGCUCCAUCGAGCAGGUACGGGAGCAGACGGGCUUCGAACGUGCCCCGAGACCCGAGACGAUGGUGAAGGCCUUGGAGGAACUUCGUUGCGAACAGGAGGGCGCGGGCGGGGAAAACGAUGACAUGGAGGAGAUGGAGGACAGAGCCAGCGGUGAUUCGGACCAAGACAGCGAGGAACUGGAGAUGGAGGAUAACUGUGUGGUUUUGAGCGGGCCGCACGUUUCCAGAUUCCUGAUCACUAGACAGCUAGACGCCUUGGAAGCGCCGGAGGUGCACUGGAGAUACUCCGUAUCAGAGCCUGUUACCGCUAGGGACUUGCUGAGAUCUCCCCAUGCAAGCGAGCUGACGGUCCAGACGCCCAUUCCGGACACCUUCUGCAGCUUGUACGAGUACCUGCGCAGCUUCGCAUUGCCGAUGCUCGAGGAGCUGCGUGAAGAUCUGAAGAAAUCUCUGGAUCCGUUUGAGCUGGACCUAGACACUGCAGAAGAAGUCCGCCUGGUGCCUUUGGAGGUUGCUCAGGAAACCAUGAAGAGCGAAGGUGUUCCGCGAACGCCUCUCUGGUUUCCCGAGUCGGACUCCGAGGAGGUAAUGCUGAUACUGGCUGGAGAGGAUCGUGCGAAGAGUGCACUCUGCGCAAAGUGCGCUCCUGGCCAAAUGUGCUUGCUGUUUGAGGAUGGUUCCAUCACGAAAGAUAUCGCCCUGCCCGGCACCGGUCCCGAAGACGACUUGACUAGACAGACGUUGCCGUUGAAAGUCCAUCCUGGAGGUUGCUACAGACUGGGCCUUCUCCACACAACUCCGAAGAGUAAGCAUGCUCUGGUCCUCAUCUCGCAAGACAAGCACCUGCCCCCUUGUGAAGCCAAUGAUGUUUUCAAGGUUGAUUACCCUGGAGGCUGUGCAGAAGCGACAGCCGAUGUAGAGCUGAUCAAGAGCCCAAGCUUAGAGGGUGUCUGGCUGAUUGGUGAUAUCACCCACCGAGGGAAGGCCUGGCAGGUGGGCAUUCGCUCAGGACAGCUGGUCAGAGAAGUUGAAGGCUGGGACAGUGAUCCGCUUUCGCAGGAGGCUUUGGAGACGGGGGUGCGAUUGGUGGUUGAGGGCAAGCCGCGGAAGUGGAGACUGGCCGUGCUGUCUUGCAACGCGUUGACAUCCAUCCGCAUUGGAACCGCGCUGGCCAAUCCGUCUGGUCACCACCCGAUAUUUUGGCAGCGUGAAAUCUCUGGUCAGCCCGAUCAUGACGUCAGCACCUUCGGCGGGACAUCGGAAUCCCAGUGCGCUGCGAUGCGAUCUGGCUUGACCAUUGCAGACCUACAGCAAAUGGGAUUGAAUUUCUCCCAAGCCAGUGCAGUGCAGAACUUGGUCGAUUGUGCACAUGGAGUUCGUCUGGUUCAAGGGCCACCAGGCACUGGCAAAACGCACACGUUGGCCGUGCUCCUGGAGCAGUGUGCGAAACUGGCGCUGAGCACCAGGGAGGAGACGGAGGACUCCCAGCCGGCACCCAAGAAGAAGAGGAAGAAUCGGUUCCAGAAGCACAGCCUGCCCGAGCCGGAGCCACCAGAUGUUGACAUGAGGCGGCGCCACGCGAAUCGCUGCCUCGUGUGUGCGCCAACGAACAUCGCAGUGCAAGAGGUCCUGCGACGAUUGCUGGAGCGCAUUGGGCCAGAGCAUUGGUGUCAGGUGGUCUUGGUUGCAACGGAAGAUCGUGCGAACGUAGAAUGGUCUGACGAGCUGCGUGGGGCUGAAGAGCGGGUGGCGGCCGUGCUGCUCGACCACAGAAAGAAGCGGGUGAAACGCAUCGCUCGCUUCUGGCUUGGGGAGGGCUUUGAGAACGCCAAGCCGCAUCUCCGCCAGCCUAGUUGGGCCUACGAAGCAGGCAACUCCUGCUUCGCCCUGCUGCUGUGCCAACCUCUCCAGGCUUAUGCUCGCACGUACCAGGGCAAAGGCAGCAAGGGCGGCAAGGGCGGCAAGGGGAAGGGGAAGCAAGGCCAGGGCACAGUGCAGGUUGCGAGCUUGCUGGACUUCGUGCAUCAGAAGCUCCAGGACAUCUUGCGGAUGGUCCAAGACCAGCAGGAGAAGCUGAAGCGAGAGGUGGCGUUUAAGACCCAGGAGUUCCGUCCUUUCUUCUGCUCCAAGCAGGAGAGGAGGAGACUUGCGGCGGAAGGGCAGGUCUUCGGCAAGCUCGUGGCGCUGCGCGAUCAGCUUGAGUCUUUCCGGCAGAGGCUCGCAGAACUCCUGGAAGCCUGGGAGCCGAAGCCUCCCAGCGAGGACUGGCUGGACCUGGACCUGCCCAAGAUGGCAAGUCCGGCGGGAAAGGGCGUUGGCAAAGGCGAGAGCGGCGAGAGCGGCGGCGACCAGCCCAAGAUGGCACAGGACCGAAAGAAAGCCUACUCCUUUGUGCAGUGGGUCGUGCAGAGUGAGGCUGAUGCCAAAGCCAAGGCUCUGGAAGGCUUGACAGAACUCCUCGGCCUGGAUGCGUCGCCAGUUGCUACGGUAACGGAGGAGGCCUUAGCUGCUGCCGAGAAGCGGCUGAAGCUUCUGCUGCACCCGGACAAGGCAUCCCCAGACAUGAGGCUUGUCGCCACCAGCGCUUUCCAGGAUUGGGGGAAGGCGAUGGAGGCGGUGCGCAAGUCCUUGCGGUGUCCAGUCCCUGCACAAGUCGCCGAUGCUGGCCACUCCAGCCCCACCCAGCCCAGCCAUGGAUUUGUGGUAAACGUGGACGAGCGUCUGCGAGCUUGGCUUUCGGAGGCGACAGUGGAGGCCUUGGAAGCUUGCACGGAAGCUCACAUCGACCUGCUUUCGGCUUGCGCGGCGGUGCGGACCGCAGAGUCUUCCUUUCUCAAAGGAGCGCUCCUCAGGAGAGCGGCGCUUGUCUUCUGCACCCUUACAGUGGCGGGGCGGGCAACGGUGUGUGGACAGCAGAUACCAACGGUUCUCAUCGACGAGGCGUGCCAGGCAUGUGAGGCCGAAACGCUGCUGGCUCUCAGAAGUUGGGUGCAGCGACUUUUCUUGGUGGGCGACCCACGCCAGCUCCCUGCGACGGUGUCGUCACCAUUGUCCAAGCAGGCUCGCUAUGCUCGUUCCAUGUUUGAGCGGCUUGAGCAGACCGGCACGAUGGCAGACCUCCUGGAGGAGCAGUACCGCAUGGAUCCGCCAAUCUUGUGCUGGUCCAACGAAUGCUUUUACGGUGGCAGAAUCCGCACGGCAGACAGCGUCCUGCAAAGGGAGAUCCAUGUGCAUCCGGAAGAAGAUCGUUGGUCUCCUCUUGACCAGCACCGAAGCGGUCCUUUCAGACUGAUGGACACUUCCAGGGAAGGCUGGCCGGAGGAACAGGUGAGGUUCUCGUUUCGCAACAUUGGUGAAGCAGACUUCCUCAUGAAGCACCUCCACACAUUCUUCCGAGAGUGCCGUCCAGACAUUGGGACCACUGUCGGUAUCAUCACACCUUACCGGGCUCAAGUGGAGCUGCUCCAACACCUUCUUGAGAAAGCCCACGAACGCGUGCGUGCCAACACAUCAGUGGCAACAGUGGAUGGCUUCCAAGGAAACGAGCGUGAUCUUAUCAUUAUCUCCACCGUCAGGUCUGGAGGCAGUAUAGGUUUCAACGCCGACGAACGGCGACUGAAUGUGGCCGUCACUAGAGCCAAGCGAAAUGUUUGGAUCAUUGGUGACAUGGAGACCCUGUAUCGUGGACAGUACAAGGGUGCUCCGACAGCAAGUUCUGGAAAGGGCGACGCUAAUUUCUGUCUCUGGUACGGAGUUCGUCUGCAUAAGUCGGAACAUCCCAGUUUUCAUUACGAUACGUGGCUACGGUGGCGGGACCCCUUCCUUGCUACCACUUCUUGGUUCCGCGCGGUUUUGUUCGACUAUGCUCCUGAUGACUCGUGGACAUUUAAAUGGUUGUGUGAGACGUCUGGAUGGCUUGAGUUGACCUUCUAUGGGACGGUGCAUUCGGUCCUGGAACAGUUUAUUCCACGUCUUCUCAUGCUACACGGGGACUUAUUCGUGGUGCAACUGCUAUGUCCAGCUACUGUCGUCGCACUACAUGGUUCACUUAUCCAAUCGGAUAUACACGUACACAACUUACAACGUCUACCUCAACUCAGCUUGGAGGGCAUCCGGGAUGAUUGGGCACUACAUGUGACAUCCUUGUAG